GAUAUAUAGGCAGCGUUAUUGGGUCUUUUUGGCGUAAACGACUGCGCUUAAGCAACGGAUAAAGUCAUACGUCGAAAAAAAUUGAAGAUAAGUAAUUCAGCCAAAGCACAAUGCUCGUCCGUGCGCUUCCUUUCCAGUCGCGUUGCCGACCGGUUAGCAGCACGCCUCAGCCUAGCUUGGCACCAAGGCGUAUGGUCGUCGUCCGGGCGCAGGCUUCCACGGAGCUAGCUUACGUGGUAAAGGAUUUCAUGACAAGUGGACCAAUUUACAACUGUACGCCGGAUGACACGGUGGACUCCGCGCUUGAAGUGCUUGUAGAGAAGCGCGUCACAGGUAUGCCCGUCGUCGAUGAAGAGAACCGCGUGGUCGGUGUCGUCUCGGACUUUGACUUGCUGGCACUGGACGCUCUGGGGCGGGUCAACUUGGACCAGAACCUCUUCCCCUCGGCGGAUCAGAGCUGGCAGGCUUUCAAGGAGGUCAAGAAGAUGCUGGCGAAGAGCGCUGGCAAGAAGAUCCGUGACGUCAUGACGCCCCAGCCCGUCACUGUACGCCCAGAAACCAACCUCAACGAUGCCACCAACCUGCUAAUCAGCCGCAAGAUCCGGCGGCUGCCCGUGGUGGACGCCGAGGGGCGGCUGGUGGGCGUCAUCAGCCGCGGCAACAUCGUCAAGGCGGCGCUGGACAUGCGCAACGCGUCCAAGGCGGCAAACGGCAGCAGCCACUGAGUGGUGGUGAGCAGGAUGAUGAGCAUGAGAGCCGCAGGGCAGGAGCUCUGAGUGGAGCUGACUCGGCCGCAAGUCCUCCACCCUCAUGUGCAGUGGUGGUGCCAUCUUGCAUGCGCGCACGAAUCAGGCUGUGCGCGAAAUCUGGCUGUGCGCAAUCCUGACUGUGCCUCGCGCGGGGGCUGCAUGUCGGUGGGUAAUGUGUGCGUGGUUCUUGGCAGCAACAGCGGCUCUUGUACGGCACAAUGGAUGAGAGACGUUUUCAUGCCAGGAGGGGAUUGUGUCCCAUGGCACCCCAUGGCACGGUAUAAAAGGAGUGUAUGUAGUGUAGCGAGAGUGUGCAGCGGGUUUGACACAGCAUUGUACACUAUUGAUUCUCCAUGGCAGUUAAGCUGUUUGAAGGGAACGGGAAGGAGCGCAGUAAGAUUGCGCAGCGAAGCGAGGGCUUGGUGGCAGCUCCAGCGUUUCUAUGGUUAACGGCAAAAGAGGGUUAAGUUGUGAGGGAGAGUUGGGGUGUCUGCGAGACCUUUUUGAAUUAAAUAUUCAGCGGUGUUGAACAGUGUUAGGUGGUGUCCCGUUGGAACAGCUUUGGGGGCCCGUGUGAAACAGGGAAAGAGGACAAGGGUGUAGGGCCUUUGGCACGAAUAACCCGACAUGGGGGGCGAGCCGUUAUGUCCCACAGUCCGUGCGGGGCACCUCCUGCGUGCACGGUAGCACGGUAAACCCUUGCAACGUAUGGCAACCGGGGGCAGCCCUUACAGCGCCCCAGUGGACGAAGUCGACGUCCACUAUGACCACUUGAGUGCUUAUUAUGGUGUAACGGGUUGCUUGGAGGGUGCAGCCGUAAUAAGCUGCGAUUUGAUGGGAAUGCAAUUAUGACU